AUGGCCAACACAAAUGAGCCGUUCUACGUGCGCUCCGGCCAUUCGGGCAGAUUUGGACACGAAUUCUUGGAGUUCGAUUUCCGAGUGAUUGGCGACGGUCGAAGUGCUACCGCGCGAUAUGCCAAUAACUCCAAUUAUCGCAAUGAUUCUCUGAUUCGCAAAGAAAUGUGCGUCAGCUCGCUCCUAAUUUCCGAAAUCAAGCGCAUCGUCAAGGACAGCGAGAUCAUGAAGGAAGACGACUCCCGGUGGCCCCAGAAGAACAAGGACGGUAGACAAGAGUUGGAGAUUCGGCUCGGGAGCGAUCACAUUCAAUUUGAGACUGCGAAAAUCGGGUCUUUGGGAGAUGUGACGGACUCAGCCGAUCCCGAGGGACUUAGAGUGUUCUACUACUUGGUGCAGGACCUCAAGGCACUGGUGUUCUCGCUGAUCUCAUUGCAUUUCAAGGUAUGGCGUAUUGUGGACUAG